UUUAUAUCUAUGCUUCCUUUGCGGUUCUGACGAGAUUUCUCUGGCUCAACAUGUUCCUUCGGUUUUCACUGGCUUCUGUUCUUUCAGUUCAUAUAUAUUGUUGUUAUUUUCUUAUUCAGCUCCUGUCUUCUGUGUCUUUCUUUCUUGACUGCUCCCUUCUCCAUCAAAUGGAAACACCUUUGCUUGAAAUUCUAUAAUCGCUUGCUCACUCGACAAAAUGUUCCUGUUUUUGGAAAAUUUCAAAGAGAAUAAUCGCGAUAAAAUUUGGUACAAGAGAACCGUCGCAACCAUAGAUUAUAUCAUAAGUCAGUGGUUUUUUAUCGGUUUAGCUGUCUUUAUCGCUUUGGCUCAUUCUUUUCCUAAUUUUGCACGAAAUGGCGGUUUGAUACGAGCCGAAUAUUCUAUUGGUUAUGGUGCCGUUAUAGUCAUAUUUUUGCAAUCCGGUUUAUCAAUGAAAACCUCUAAAUUGUUGAUAAAUUUACUGGACUUCAGGUCCCACAUAAUCUUAUUAAUCCUACAGUUUCUAAUAACACCUUCCAUAGCCUUUGGUUUUGCUUCUCUAAUCAAAUCAACCAACAACUCUCAAAUAGAUAACUGGGUCUUGGUUGGCAUGGUCGUCACUGCAACAUGUCCAACCACUGUUGCAUCCAACGUUAUCAUGACUCAAAAAGCUGGUGGUAAUGAUGUCCUAUGUUUGUGUGAAGUCUUUAUAGGCAAUGUCUUGGGCACUUUUAUAUCUCCAGCUCUAGUUCAGAUGUUUUUCUCCACCAACAGCACUUGGAGUUUUGCUAAUCCCGCUAGUGAUAUCUCUGUCACAACGUUAUAUGGAAAUGUCAUGAAGCAGCUAGGUUUGUCUGUAUUUAUCCCCUUAUUUGUUGGCCAGGUUAUCCAAAAUUUAUUUCCUCUCCAAACAUUUAGAAUAAUCUCAAAAAUAAAACUAAACAAAAUCGGUUCCUUUUGUCUUUUAUUAAUUAUCUUCAGUUCUUUUUCUACUGCCUUUUACCAAAAGGCCUUUGACAAUAUUCCAACAGCUUCAAUCAUUUUCUUGGUUUUCUUUAAUAUCGGCUUGUAUCUAUUCAACACCCUCAUUACUCUACUACUCGUUAGAAACCCAUUCAUUGCCUUAUACUUGAAAAAGAGAAAUGCCCACUUUUUAAAUCUUAAAAAUAACAACAACAGCAUCGAUAACAUUGAUAAUACAAAUCAAAAAAUCCCCAUACCAACAUCUUAUAAAAUCUUAUCUUCUCUCUAUUAUAACAAAUAUGAUGCUAUUUGCAUGCUCUUUUGUGGCCCUGCUAAAACUGCUGCCUUGGGUGUCUCAUUAGUUACCUCCCAAUAUGGUAACGACUUUAUCUUCUUGGGUAAAUUAUUAGUGCCUUUGGUCUUAUAUCAAACCGAACAAAUUGUAACUGCUCAAGUUUUAAUUCCCUUUAUGAAAAGAUGGAUUAAUAAAGGUGAUCUUAUUGUUGAUAAUGUCAAUCUUCUUUUAAAUAAAAAUACCGAAAACAACAACAACAACAACAACAACAAUAAUAAUAAUAAUAACAAUAAUGAUAAUAACAAUAACAAUAACAAUAACAAUUACAAUAACAAUUACAAUAACAAUUACAAUAACAAUUACAAUAACAAUAGCUCAAAUGACUUACCUUCUAAUAAUAAAUAUGAUGAAGAGAAUCAAUUGAGUCGAAAUACUGAAAAUAAUCAACCAUCUCAAAUUGAAAAAUUAAAUGAUCAAAAUACUAUUGUUAAACAUAGAUUAAAUGAAUCUACCUCAUUAUCUUCAUAAUAACUUUUUUUUCUCCCUUUUUUUUCUCGUUUUUUCUUUUUCUCUUUCCUUUUUCUUCUCUGCUUUAAUUUUAAUUGAAUAUAUAAAAUGGACUAUUAUUCCAAAUUUAUCAUACACACUUUUUAUUUCAACUCAUUAUAUGUAAUAAUUAUUAAUUCUUGUUUUUUUUUGUUUUUUUCCUUCUGUACUUUAGCUCCUUAAUACUAACUUUGCUUUGAAAAUUC